ACCCGGAUGGGUCGCUCUCAUCAUUCGGGUUUAUCCUUGGUCUUUAUAAAGGACGCGCUGAAUAGCGGCUGUGAAGUUGACAGGUAAAUGCUGUUGUGUUCAGUUCACUGCGUAGCAACUCUUUAAUACGUGAGCAAGACAAGACAACAAAGCUAAAUUGUUCUGAGUGGAAAAAAGGAAACAGAAAUAUCUAUUGUGUGUAGGCUACGUGCUUGUUUAUAGCAGUCUCAUUCACUGGAAUUUUCUGGAUUUUGUAGUCUUUGGAGGUCCCAUCAGCUUUUGUUUGUGGGCCAGAGAAAAUCAUGAUCCUCCUCAGUUCAUCCUCCGGUCUCUUCCACUGCACAGGCAAGCUUUUUCUGAGUGAUCAAUCCACAGGACUCCAGAUCAAGGAGUUUGCACGUAAAAAUGCAGCCAAUGCUUUGUCGAUCGCCAACAUGGUCAUGGGCAUGGCCUCCAUUCUCAGCAGUCUCAACGGGCACCACCAUGCUGCAUGUUGGCUUGUCCUGAUUGGCUACCUGCUGGACUUGGCUGAUGGAGCAGUUGCCAGGCGACUUGGUGCCUGCUCUGCACUGGGUGCAAAGCUUGAUGAUUUUGCUGACUUUACAACCUUCGGAAUUGCCACGUCAUUGCUCCUGAGGACAUCCGACCUGCUCGACAACAUCCUGUGCGUGUGCUAUGUCCUGUCCGUGUUUGUCCGCCUCUGUUUCUUCUCAAGUGGAAUACCAUUCAUGUACCGCGGCCUGCCCUGCAUCUACUCCUCAGCCAUCUUGUCCAGUGCCUCUCUGCUGUCAGGGGGAAACCUGGUCUUACUGCGGGUCAUCGCAGUGGCCAUGAUUCCCUUUAUGAUCAGUCAGAACUUUUAUCCCCAUGACAGAGUGCUGGAGUCCCAGGCCUGGAAGAAAGUAGUCUACGCUGGAGGUGUCAUCAUGGUGUUCUGCUCUUCCUUCCCCCCUGCGUGUGUGUACUACCUGCUGUGGUCAGUCUCUUACAUCUUGUUCCCGACAUCCAUUUGGAACAGAAAAGUGUAGAAAGGGGGUGUGAGCUUUGUCUGAAACACCCUGAAAAGGUUAACUUUUGGGCCCAUCGUGGGUAAAUGGAGGCUUCAGACGGUAGCUGCUCUCUUCUGCUUUGGAGGAUCCAAGCUAAAACACUGGUGAACAUUUGCUCCCAGAAACCCAGACAGAAGAGUGAGGAUUGAGAGGAGCAUUUUAAUGUUGCUGUUUAGGAUUGUCCUCCAUACAAGUCUGUUUUGCAUUUUCACUGAAUCAAGGGCUUGGAUGGCUUGUUCUAAACACUGAAUUUUCAUCAAAUCUCCUUUCUUCAAUAUUAAUCCAAUCUUAAAACAAUGUCCGGGGGCAUCAAAUUCUCACCGCAUAAUAUCAAAAAAAGAUUAUUUCAUAGGAAAUUACAGCUUGGAUUUGUCAUUGCUGCGAAUUUGGAUUUUUUUAGUUUUUUUUAAUCAUACAGGAAAUGACCACUGUCAUUUAAAGUCCUUGUGAGUCAUAAUUUACUUAAAAUUAUGACUUUUCAACAGGAUUUUAAAGCAGCUUCUUCAACAUCAAAAGUCCAAUGUCAUUUCUUGAUAGUCACUAACACUGUAAUGGCACUCACACAACACUACAACCAGUUUUGUGUAAAACUAUCAUGUCCCAAGAUUUAGGUCAGGAUGCCAGCUCCCUCCAAUCCCCACUUUUUGCUGGAGCUUUUCUUUAAAGCAAAUUAAAGCAGGAAAAAUCCAAACGUGAUUCAUCAAAUAAAGACUGCUAUUGUUGGAUCAUCAAUUUGAAUGUAGCCUAAAAUAAGCUCAAUAAGAACAUAAACUUAGCCACUUCUGGCUUCUGUGAAUAAGGGACUUUUAAUUUGUUUAGCUUUAUAGACUGAUAGCCUUUUAACAAGAUGUAAAAAAAAGAAAAAAAAAAAGAAUUGUGAUAGAGUUUCAUAUAUCUUUUAUUUUUUAUUCAGUCAUGCUAUGAGUUUGUCCCUGUUUUAAGAGGCAUUGCAGUUAAAAUAGUAUUACAACACUGGAAUACCACCCUAUCUCGUAAUCCUCUCACUUGUCUGCAGUAGUUGACAUCAGUGACUAAGGUGGACUCAGAUGCAACGGGAUGUUUCAACUCCUCAAUACUCUGCAGCAGUAUUUUCAUUUGUUUGCUUUGAUUUUUGUGUAAUUGACCUUUGAUAAGAGCACAUCCCGAGCUGCAAAGCUUGCAUUUACUGCCACCUAGUGAUUAAACAUAGCUGCAGCACAUGUGUUGUAUUGUAGUUUAUGUUGGCUGUGUUCAGAAAUGCGCCACUAUUAGAAGUAGUGUUGAAACUUAAAAAAGGACAAGACAGGAGAGGAUAAAAGUGUGUUUGCACUUCACUAUGGCCAGUAUUCACUUUUAUUUUGUAGACAAGCACUUUUAUCAAGGACACCUUUGUGGCAUCACUCGUCUCUUGUGUGAACGUACAUAUUUUAUAAUACGGAUUCAAAGCCUCUAUAAGCAAUAACACAAAGUGUUAGAAGUGUAUGAGGCUCCCUUAAAGAACUAUGAUAGAGCAGAUAUUCAUAGAUGAUCAAAAAAUGAGAUAUUCCUAAAUAGUUCUGAUAAAAACUCAAGCCACAGUUGAUACAAAUGUAUUGACCUUUUUAGAAACGGUUGUUAAAUAAAUCUGCAGCACUGAAAAUACAUGUUCUUAGUCCAUUGAACAGUGCAUCAAGCUUUCCUGUGUGGGUGUUUUGGUUUUCAGAGUCACAGUAAUGGAUGCAUGCCAACAGCUUUACAGAUACAUACACUGUACUUUGCAAGGAUGAAAGUCUGAAGAUAUCAAUGAAUAAAAAGAUCUGUGUUAAUAAGUCUGUUCCUUUUUGACAAUAAAGAAGUGAUUAUUAAAUGA